GUGCUGCAUUUCUGGCCAUCACCACAAUCUAUGCUGAGAGUGGCUCAGGAUUUGUUGUGCCAAGUGCUGCGGCUAAAGCUGGAGUGGAGAAGCUUUGCACGUCUCUGGCAGCAGAGUGGGGCAGAUACGGCAUGAGAUUCAACAUUAUUCAACCAGGACCAAUCAAAACCAAGGGUGCCUUUAGCAGACUGGAUCCCACUGGUAUGUUUGAGCAGCUGUUGUUAGAGAAUAUAGCCGUGGGUCGUCUGGGAACUCCUGGAGAGAUCGCCAACCUUGCCGCCUACCUCUGCAGCGAUUAUGCCAGCUGGGUAUCGGGCGCGAUCAUUCGAAUGGAUGGCGGUGAAUAUGUUUCCCUUGCUGGCGAGUUUAAUGGCAUGAAAGAGGUCACACAGGAGCAAUGGGCCAUAAUGGAAGCAAAAAUCAGAAACACAAAAGGAUCGUAAACCUCUGAAACUGCAGUAACUCAGCACUAAUGACAGUCCUGAUCUUAAUCUCCCAUUGUAGUACAGAGG